AUGUUGGCCUGCUACCGGCCCCCGGGGAACGAGACGCUGCUGAGCUGGAAGGCCUCGCGGGUCACGGGCACGGCCUUCCUACUGCUGGCGGCGCUGCUGGGGCUGCCCGGCAAUGGCUUCGUCGUGUGGAGCUUGGCGGGCUGGCGGCCCGCACAGGGGCGACCGCUGGCGGCCACGCUCGUGCUGCACCUGGCGCUGGCCGACGGCGCGGUGCUGCUGCUCACGCCUCUCUUCGUGGCCUUCCUGGCGGGGCAGGCGUGGCCGCUGGGCCAGACGGGCUGCAAGGCCGUGUACUACGCGUGUGCGCUCAGCAUGUACGCCAGCGUCCUGCUCACCAGCCUGCUCAGCCUGCAGCGCUGCCUGGCCGUCACCCGGCCGUUCCUGGCGCCCCGGCUGCGCAGUCCGGCCCUGGCCCGCCGCCUGCUGCUGGCCGUCUGGCUGGCCGCGCUGCUGCUCGCCGCCCCGGCCGCCGUCUACCGCCACGUGUGGGGAGACCGCGUGUGCCAGCUGUGCCACCCGUCGCCGGCCCACACCGCCGCCCACCUGAGCCUGGAGACGCUGACGGCCUUCGUGCUCCCCUUCGGGCUGGUGCUCGGCUGCUACGGCCUGACGCUGGCGCGGCUGCGGGGUGCCCGCUGGGGCGCCGGGCGGCACGGGACGCGGGUGGGCCGGCUGGUGAGCGCCAUCGUGCUCGCCUUCGGCUUGCUCUGGGCCCCCUACCACGCGGUCAACAUUCUGCAGGUGGCGGCCGCUCUGGCUCCGCCCGGAGGGGCCCUGGCGAGGCUGGGCGGGGCGGGCCAGGCGGCGCGGGCUGGAACUACCGCUUUGGCCUUCUUCAGCUCCAGCGUCAACCCGGUGCUCUACGUCUUCACCGCCGGGGAUCUGCUGCCCCGGGCAGGCCCCCGCUUCCUCACGCGGCUCUUUGAGGGCUCGGGAGAGGCCCGAGGGAGCGGCCGCUCUAGGGAGGGGACCAUGGAGCUCCGAGCUACCCCUAGGCUUAAAGUGGUGGCGCAGGGCCGGGGCGAUGGAGACCCCGGGGGCGGGGUGAAGAAGGACAGUCAGGGAUGGGAACCUUGA